AUGCCUAGGUUUUGUUUUCUAAAAGCCCUUUAUUGGAAAGCUAAAAUUCGAUAUCAUGUACAAAAAAAAGCAGAAUAUGAUAGGCUUAUAGAUAAUUUUAAGAAGGUGCUAAACUUUUCAAAUGAGGAUAAUGAUCAAAAGACUUUGAAUGAACUUAUUUUGUCUUAUAUUUUUGAAAAAAAGAAAAAACAAGAUGCUGAAAGUCAAAUAAUAGUUAUUCAAGACCAGAUAUUGACAACAGAUGAUGAUUGA